AUGCAAGAGGAAGAUUUGUCACGUUUCUUACAAUCCACAACAUGUUUACACAAACAAUUGCGAAUAUCUCGAGAUGAAAUUGCUUCGGCUAUUAGAUUGGAGGCAAACGAUGAGUUGCGGAACGAAGGAAAAGUGCAUUAUUCUGCAGCGUGCAAACACGGAUGGCACUGCAAUUUUUUAAAUGUUCCUUCGACCGGGAACAAGUUUUAUAAUAAAUGGUGCCAAUUUAUGAAACUAGCUGGUCGCGGCGACGAAAAAAUUUGUCAAGUUCACUUUCAAUCGACUGAUUUCAUUGAAAAAGUGCAACGAGUCCUAUCUAAAACUGCAGUUCCCUCACUUUUCAUUCGAGACAAAUUUCCUGCCGUCAAAAGCGGUGUAGGAUGUUGCGUUACCGGUUGCAAAACAAGGUCAAACCUCAUGUUGUUUCCGUCAAAGGGUAACCAAAAGCAUGUAAAAGCUUGGAGAAAAUCCUUGAAAAUGAAUGCUUGUGAUGCUUUUACCGGUCUAAAAAUCUGCGCGCGUUAUUUUGACGACAGUGGUUUAGUAACAGUCAAACGGUUGUAUCUUAGACCGAAUUCUAUACCAAGUCGCAGAGUGAAGAAGCUCAUUAAGCAUUCUAAGCCAAAAACCUCGAGGACGGACUCCUUGCCAGCACAUUUGGUAGACCAUACUCACUUCCGGCUUCAAGUGAAACCCAAGAGCCACAGAAUGUGUGCAGUUAACGGAUGCAAUUCACGCGCUGGUAAUGGUAUCGUUUUGCACAAGUUUCCAUCGACAUAUGAUAAACGAUAUAAAGUCUGGAUUUCCAUAUUGAGGUUUGGAAAAGCAUCAGCAAAAAACACCAAGGUUUGCAGUAAACAUUUCACGCAAAGCAACUAUUCUUCAGGAGGCAAACACUUAAAACGAUGUGCUAUACGGACACAAAAUUUACCAAACUGCAGCCAAACUGGCCAGUUGGUAAGUGAAUCUCCAUAUGCCACGAAACGUACUUCAUAUCGGCUGAUGAAUAAAUUAAAAAGAACGAAGAAAUAAAGUUUCCCGAAUGAUGAAGCAAAUAUCAGUUCCAACGAAGUUAUGUCAUGUGAUGACAAUGCUGAACAACAAACCUUAGAUGAU